AUGACUACAAAAUCAACAGUUCACAUGGUAGUGUGUUUUCUUCAACUCUGCAUUGUAAAGGGGCAGAUAAUAUGUGAGAGGCAAAUGGUUGCUGAGUGGCAAGUGGAACCAAAACCCAUUGUAAUAAAAUGGACACCAAGGGAAAACAUCUGCUCAGACUUUUAUGCAGAAUGCUGGAAGAUGAAUAAAAAUACUACUGGGGAAGAUAAAAAUCUCAGUGUCCCUCAGAUAUGCCCCUUACAGCUUCAAUUAGGUGACAGUCUCUUCAUCUCCUCUGAGCCAUCCUUUCAGUCCUAUGGAAUUAAUUUGGUAAACGUCUCCAAGGAAGAAUUUAUUAAUUGCCCUAAAAGUGUUUUUUUUCAAGAGCAGCUGAUUUUUGUUUGCCAGAUAAGAGGACUGCACCAAGUUGACCCAAACUGGCUUGGUGCUGGAACUCAUUACUUUGCAGAGCUUCAUAAGAGAGGUCCAGCAUUGUGCAAGAUGGGCCUUCGUCUGAAUGUAACCGUAAAGCAGCAGUUUUGCCAACAGUCUCCAAAUGCACCAUUAUGCUCUGGGCAUGGAAGAUGUUUAAGCCACGUUUGGGAAAAAGCAUAUAAUUGCCAUUGUUUGCCACAGUAUUCCGGAAAAUUCUGCCAGAAGUUUGAUAUGUGCUCCACUAAACCUUGCCAUAAUAAUGCCUCAUGUACCGACAAGUCAGAAGGUACCAGAAAUUCAUAUGAGUGCACUUGUCCUCCAAAAUUUUCAGGUAAAAAUUGUACAGAAAUAGUUGGACAGUGUCAGCCACAUACAUGUCUCAGUGGUAACUGCAGCAAUAUUACUCCAAACACUUUUCUUUGUGAAUGUGACAAGGGCUUUACAGGUCCUUUCUGUGAGGAACCUAGUGAUCCUUGUGCAUCUCUGCCAUGCCUAAAUGGGGGUCUAUGCCAAUAUAAUCAGUCUGGAUAUAUUUGUGAUUGUCCAGCAGGCUUUCUUGGUCACAGUUGUGAAAUUGAUAUCAAUGAGUGUUCUUCAAGGCCAUGUAAGAACAGAGGUACAUGUAUUGAUUUGCUGAAUGAUGUGGCAUGUAGUUGUCUGCCAUUAUUCACUGGCAAGUUCUGUGAGAGAAUACUGAAUCCAUGUGAAUUGUUGCCUUGCUUAAAUAAUGCAACCUGUGUAGCUCAACAACAGAACUAUAACUGCCGCUGCAUGCCAGGAUUCACUGGAAAGAACUGUGAGGAAGUAAUUGACUACUGCAGACUGCUCAGCAUCAACUGUCUGAAUGAAGGAUUGUGUCUUAAUAUAAUUGGAGGAUUCACUUGUCUCUGUGCACCUGGAUGGACAGGAAAAUUUUGCCAAUUCGCUGAAAAUGCAUGUUUGAUUUACCCAAAUAUUUGUUCUGAUGGAGCAACUUGCAUUGAUAUGAGCCAACUGGGAGAGCAACCUGUUUUUCAGUGUUUGUGUCCUCAUGGUUCCACAGGAGAAUUCUGCAAGGUGCAAAUUGAUAACUGUGAUUCCAAUUCAUGUGAAAACGGAGGAACAUGUGUGGACUGUGAAGACCAUUUUAAGUGCACUUGCCCCAUAGGUUUUGAAGGUGAAAGAUGUGAACGGGAUGUUGACGCCUGCCUAUUCUACAAUAUAAGCUGUGCCCCAGGAGCACUGUGUGUGAAUAAAUCUCAUGGAUUUAAUUACACAUGUUUAUCACCAUGUGUUGGAAACACAAAGGCAUGUGCAAAUGGAGGUAGCUGUUUCUAUGAUGAGGACAACCAGAGAUCUCACUGUGUCUGUGCUCUUGGAUGGACAGGACAAACAUGCCUGGAGAAUAUUAAUGACUGUGAAGUAAAUCAGUGCCAACAUGGAGCCACAUGUGAAGAUGGAAUGAAUGAAUACAGGUGCAUAUGUCCCCUUGGUUAUACUGGCACUUUCUGUGAACUUGAUAUAGAUGACUGCAUUGGAAACCAGUGCUCUGAAUAUGGUUUCUGCCAGGACCACUUGCAUAAUUACAGCUGUAACUGUAUGCCUGGAUAUGAAGGACCCUUCUGUGAAGUUGAAAUUAAUGAAUGUUCAAGUUCACCUUGCAAAAACGGAGCUACCUGUGUGAAUUUAAUUGAUCACUUUUCAUGUCGUUGUGCUGAAGGGUUCAAAGGAGAAACAUGUUCUGUUCACGUGAAUGAGUGUCUAGACGGACACUGUUGGAAUGGAGGAACCUGUGAAGAGGACAUAAAUGGAUUCAAAUGCAAUUGCCCCCUUGGAUUUGAAGGUCUUAACUGUGAAAUGAAUGUUGAUGAGUGCACUUAUGGCUUCUGUAAAAACAAUUCAACUUGUUUGGACCUAAUUGCAGACUACAGUUGUGUUUGUUCUCCAGGAUUUACUGACAAAAACUGCUCCACGGAUAUUGAUGAAUGUGCCUUCAAGCCCUGCAAAAAUGGAGGCCAUUGCCGGGAUUUGAUUGGUGAAUUUUACUGUAGCUGUUUGCCAGGUUUUACUGGUCAGUUUUGUGAAGUAAAUAUUACUGCCUGCUUGUCACAACCAUGUGGAGCCUCCAGCAUCUGUAAAGACAUAUUUGAUGGCUAUCUUUGUUUCUGUGCACCUGGUUUUAUAGGUAAUAACUGUGAGAUUGAGGUGGAUGAGUGUCUUAGUGAUCCCUGUCACAGUGGAGCCACUUGUGUUGAUCAUCUGAAUGCCUUCAGUUGUGUCUGUCAGGAUGGAUUUCAAGGCACAACCUGUGAAACAAAUAUAAAUGAAUGUCACUCUUCUCCAUGUCUUCAUAAUGCAACAUGUGAAGACCUUAUUGGUGGCUAUGAAUGUGUCUGUCUACCUGGCUUUACUGGUGCAAGAUGCGAAACAGAUAUAGAUGAGUGUGCUUCAUUUCCCUGCAAGAAUGGAGCCACCUGCAUUGACCAACCUGGUAAUUACUUCUGCCAAUGUGUGGCUCCAUUUAAAGGUUCAAACUGUGAGUUUAGGCCUUGUGAGGCCAGUAAUCCCUGUGAGAAUGGAGCUGUGUGCAUAGAAGAAAUGAAUUUGGAUGUUUUUCCCCUUGGAUUCCAGUGCCAGUGUGUGAAGGGCUUUGCAGGUCCACGCUGUGAGAUCAAUGUCAAUGAGUGCAGUUCUAACCCUUGCCUCCACGGAUACUGCUAUGACAUUGUCGAUGGCUUCUAUUGUUUGUGCAAUCCAGGAUAUGCAGGACUGAAAUGUGAGCAGGACAUUGAUGACUGCAUAAUCAACGCUUGUGAACACAAUUCUACGUGUGUUGAUCUGCAUUUGAGAUACCAGUGUGUUUGUCUGCCUGGAUGGGAAGGAACAUUUUGUGAAUAUGAAUCAAAUGAAUGUAAUUCAGAGCCUUGCAGAAACAACGGCACCUGCACAGAUCUUUUCAACAGCUAUCAGUGCUCAUGUACAGCAGGGUGGACAGGGCCAGACUGCAGUGUAGAUAUAAAUGAAUGUGAUUCUGAACCAUGCUUGAAUGGAGCCACCUGCUAUGAAUCUGUUAAGCAGGGACAGUUUGUAUGCAUUUGUCCUCCAUUUUAUACUGGUGACUUUUGCCAUCAGCGCUUCAGUCCCUGUGAGCUGCCUUACAAUCCUUGCAUAAACAACUCAACAUGCUUGGCACAAGUCAAUGGAAAUCCAUUGUGCAUUUGCAAAACAGGAUUUGAAGGUACUUACUGUGAAGUUAACAGUGAUGAGUGCAUCUCCCAUCCCUGCCAGAAUGAAGGUCUCUGUGUGGACGGGGUUAACAGUUACAGGUGCUCCUGCCAGCAUGGCUUCACUGGGACACUUUGUGAGGUGGAGAUUAAUGAAUGCUUAUCAGAACCCUGCAAAAACAAUGGAACUUGUCUUGAUCUCAUUAACAGAUUCCUCUGUAAUUGUGCACCUGGAUACUAUGGGUCUCUGUGUGAGAUGGAUGUAAAUGAGUGUGAAACUUUGCCUUGUUUGCACGGAGGAAGCUGCAUCAACAGGCUUGGAGGCUAUCAGUGUUACUGUUCUCCUGGAUUCACAGGUGAUAGAUGUGAAGCAAAUAUAGAUGAAUGUAUUUCUGCUCCUUGCCUAAACAAUGGAAGUUGUAUCGAUGACAUCAGUUCCUAUACAUGUCACUGUAGGAGAGGUUUCAUUGGAGCAAACUGCGAGAUAAAUGUUAAUGAAUGCUUGCCAGAUCCUUGUCUUCAUGGAAGAUGUAUAGAUCUCAUUGAUGGAUAUCAAUGCUCUUGUGAAGCAGGAUGGACCAGCACAAGAUGUGAGAUAAAUAUUAAUGAAUGUGAAUCUGUUCCCUGCAUUAAUGGAGGUUCUUGUCAAGAUUUGGUUAAUGCAUUUGUUUGUAUUUGCCUGAGUGGAUACACUGGCAAGUUCUGUGAAGUUGAUAUUGAUGUCUGCAGUGAACCUACGCUGAGCUCAGUUCUGUGUUACAACGGAGGUGUAUGUGCUGAUGGUCCUGGAAGAACUUUUCGCUGCAGGUGUCUUGCUGGAUUUUCUGGACAGUUUUGUGAAAUAGAAGUUAAUGAGUGUAAUUCAUCACCUUGUCUACAUGGUUCAACCUGUGAAGAUCAUGUCAAUGGAUACACUUGUAAAUGUCAACAAGGAUGGGAAGGUCUGCAUUGUGAGUUAGAUGUUGAUGAGUGCAUAUCCAACCCCUGCAUACACGGCAUCUGUGUUCAGAGAGACCCCGGUUUUGGUUAUUCCUGUUUUUGCAAGCCAGGAUUUGUGGGACGAAGCUGUGAGCUUAAUUACAAUGAUUGCCUUAUACAAUCCUGCUCCACUGGGUUUCUUUGCGUUGAUGGAAUAAACAAUAUCACCUGUUUACCUACUAUCCCCCAAAGCAAGAAAACUGAAAUGUCUGAAGUGUUUCCUACUGAGAUUUUAGAUAAUGACCGUCCAACAGCCCUAGCUGUGUCUGUGGAACUUUCGUCCAAACAUGCUACCCCUGAUUUUCAUGCAGAAGAGAUGUCCCAAGAUUUUAGUUAUGCUCGCUAUUACGGUGAUUCUUACCUGGAAUUUCAAGGCUUGCAUUUCAACAUACUAAACUUCAUCCACUUGGAAUUUAAGACCCAUGAUCCUCAUGGACUCCUCCUGUAUAUUGAUCAGAGCCCAGAAACAAUAGGACGGUUUUUAAUUCAGCUUUUCAUCAGACAUGGCACCUUACAGUACCAGUUUCUAUGUAAUGAAGCAGCAGAAGUCAAAAACAUCACAACUACAGAUAGAGUGGAUGAUGGACACUGGUAUAAAGUGCAAAUUAGGCAAGGCAUGGUGCCAUGUGAAGCAGAAAUGUCAGUCCUGGAGAUAUCUGCAAAGACAAGAAUGCCUAGCAAUUUCUGGUCCAGUUCGUACCGGCUUGAAACAGGAUCCGUAUUCUUCGGUGGUUUGCCUCAUCCUUAUGCAAUAAAACAGAUACCUGGACCUGUCUACAAUUUCACUGGCUGUAUACAAGUCAUAGAAAUCAAUAAUGUGGGACCUUUCAACAUCUCUAAUGCUGUGCGAAGAAAUAAUAUUGACAGUUGCAGGACUCCUGUACCUACACAUCUGCCAACAGCAUUCCCUGUGGUUUCUUACGAUAUGCCAGAAUUGCCUGAGCCUGUUGUGCCCUCUCCACGUUCCCCCGAAUUGCCAUCUGUGUGCCAGGAGGGUCUGUGCCGCAGCGGAGGGACCUGUCAUCCCAUCUCUCUGCCUACUGGGGCCACCUCAUUUCAGUGUGACUGCCCACUGCACUUCACUGGUCGGUUCUGCGAAAAAGACACAACCCUGUUUUUUCCAUCUUUCACUGGAAAUUCUUAUUUGGAACUUCCUUCUCUAACAUCUGUAUCUGAGAUCAGGACUGCAUCUGGGCAGGAAGCAAGCAAUCUGACGACUCUGUACUUGACAGUGAAGACAACUGCUCUAAGUGGCACUAUUCUUUACACUAGUGAAAAGAAUUCUGGGGAGCAAUUUCUUCACUUGUAUCUUGUGGAAGGGAGACCAGCAGUUCGAUUCAGCUGUGGAAACUCUCAGAACAUUCUGACUGUAUCUCUCAAUCAAUCCAUUAGCAAGGGUAUACUCAUCCCUAUCACAAUAAGCUAUAUGUUGCCUGUUAGCAGUCCUGAAGGGUACUGCAUGAUUGAAAUGGCUGCAGAUGGAAAUCCUCCUGUACAACACAGACUCUCGCUCUCAUAUCAAGCAUCUCAGAUCACCUUUGGAUCAAUCUUUCUUGGAAAUGUUCCUGUUCAUGAAAAGGUUCCUCGAUGUGUUGGGCAAAUAAGUGGCUAUAAAGGAUGUAUUAGGGAUUUUCAAGUUAACAACAAAGAAUUGUUCAUCAUAGAUGAGGCUCUUGGAGGGAGGAAUGUUGAGAACUGUAAUGUUCCAAUAUGUGAAUAUCAUCCAUGUCACAAUGGUGGGACCUGCACUAGUGAUGCAGAAAAUUGGUUUUGUGAAUGCCCUAAACUCUACUCUGGAAAACUCUGCCAGUUCAUGACUUGUGACGAAAAUCCAUGUGGAAACGGUGCUACAUGUUUUCCAAAGUCCAGGCAAGAUGCUGUUUGCCUUUGUCCAUAUGGAAGAUCUGGCAUCCUCUGCAGUGAUGUUAUUAGUAUUAGCCAGCCCAGUUUCAGUGGCACAGAUGCUUUUGGCUAUACUUCAUUCCUAGCUUAUUCUACUAUCCCAAAUAUCACCUUCUACUAUGAAUUCCACUUGAAAUUUCAGUUGAUAAAUCACCAGUCAGCUUUACAAGAUAACCUGAUAUUUUUCACUGGACAAAAGGGCCAAGGUCUGAAUGGAGAUGAUUUUUUGGUCUUAGGCCUCCGUGAUGGCAGAGUAGUAUAUAGCUACAAUCUAGGUUCUGGCACAGCAACAAUCAUUAGUAAACCACUUGAUCUGACACUCAAAAUUCAUGUCAUCCAUCUUGGCAGAUACCUCCAGAAAGGCUGGCUGAAGGUGGAUGAUCAGAAGAAUAAAACUGUCACUUCUCCUGGAAGACUAGUUGGACUCAAUGUCUUCAGUCAGUUUUAUUUAGGAGGCUAUCACGAGUAUACUCCAGAACUCCUACCAAAGGGAUCCAGAUUUAAGAACAGCUUUCAAGGUUGCAUUUUUGAUGUUCAAGUUCGCACCAACAUGAAUCAGGAGUUUAAAUCACCAGGGAUUCCAGAAGGUCACCCCAAUUCAGGUCGCAGUGUUGGACAAUGUAAAGAUUCCCCAUGCAGUUUAAUAAAAUGCAGAAAUGGUGGCAAGUGUGUGGAAAGUGGCUCUACUGUUUACUGUGACUGCCUCACUGGAUGGAAAGGUGCAUUUUGCACAGAAAUGGUGUCAGUAUGUGAUCCAGAGCAUGAUCCUCCACAUCUGUGUAAGCAAGGCGGUACCUGUGUGCCAUUACCUGAUGGCUACACAUGUCACUGUGCUCUCGGAACAACCGGUACCUACUGCGAACAAGCUAUUUCCAUUAGUGAUCCUUCUUUCAGAAGUAACGAAUCAUCGUGGAUGUCAUUUUCACCCUUUUAUAUCCGACAUAAGACCCAUAUCAAACUCCAGUUUCAGCCUCUAUCUCCAGAUGGUAUCCUGUUUUACACUGCACAGCAUUUGGGUACUCAAUCAGGUGACUUCCUAUGUAUAUCAUUAGUAAAUGGAUUUAUACAGCUACGCUAUAAUCUAGGAGACAAGACAAUUAUCCUACAGGCUCUUCAGAAGAUCCAAGCAGAUGGAAAAACAUGGCAUUUGCUCAAAGCAGGAAGAGUUGGUACCGAAGGCUACCUGGAACUGGAUGGUACCAACAUCACUCAGAAAGGCAGUGCUGGAAUGAAGGCGCUAGACGUAAACACGGAUUUUUACGUUGGAGGGAUGUCCUCUCUAAGUCUUGUCAACUCAAUGGCAGUAGAAGAUGAACCCACAGGUUUCAGUGGUUGUAUAAGAGAAAUUAUUAUAAAUGACAGAGAACUGAAGCUUACAGCAACAGACCCCAACGGUGGAGCCAACAUUGGUGACUGUGAUGGAACAGCUUGCGGGUAUUCAGUGUGCAAAAAUAAUGGAAUGUGCCAGGUUGAAAGCUCAGGCUUUUCUUGUUCUUGCCCCCAAGGGUGGAUAGGGAACACCUGUGAAGAAUCUGUUCACUGUUCAGAGAACAGGUGUGGGUCUCGAGCUCUCUGUAUUCCUCAGCCUACUUUGUUCUCGUAUACCUGUGCGUGUGCGCUAGGCUGGUCAGGUGAGCACUGCGACAGUAAAAUCAAUUUUUUUACAGCAAAGUUUGUUGGUAACUCCUACAUCAAAUACGUAGACCCUCUUUAUAGAAAACGAGACCUCCAGUAUACCCGCAUUUCUUUAAAUUUUACUACCAAUCAAACCGAAGCCUUAAUGGUAUGGAUGGGAAAAGCUGAAGAUGAAGACAAUGAUUUCCUUGCCAUUGGUCUCGCCAAUGGAACAUUAAAAGUCGUCAUUAAUCUUGGUGAAAGAAUCUCUGUUCCUCUAAUUCACAGCAAAGACUCCACCUGUUGUGAUGAAAGAUGGCAUUUUGUUACUGUAAUUCAAAACCAAACUUGUAUUAAGGUGUAUCUUGAUGAGGAACUAAUUAUUUUUGAAGAUAUUGAUCCAGACAGAAAAUACACUGCUUUAAAUUAUGGUGGCAUUUGUUAUUUUGGUGGGUUUGAAAUUGGCAGAAACAUCCAUACAGUCACUACAGGGCUUUUUCAGAAGGAAUUCAGUGGUAAAAUUAAAGAUAUUGCACUCUUCCAGGAUUCCAAAAAGGUUCAGCUAAUGAAAGCAGAAGGUUAUAAUGUCCAUAAUGGAGAUCAUAGAAAUUAAUUGAAAAACUAUUUAAGAUCCUUUAAAAGUGAUACAUUUCAUUUUUGUCCUGCCUCUUGUAUUAGGUGACAGUGUAAUAUUCAGGAACAAAUAUAAGAAAGCAAUGAGUAAAAUUGUCCCCAAUUCCUUUCCUUUUUUAAUGUUGAGUAUUAAUAGCAUAUAUAAAACGUCAGAAUUUUUACUGUACUCAUAAGUACUUUUACAUACAUUUUGGUAUUUACUUUAAAGUAUUGAAGAAGUCUGUCUUUUUCUUUAUUGUGCUAGAAAUAAUUUUGUAAACAGAUAGUAAUUAGCUUGCAAAAAUGCAGUAUUGUUUGUAGAUAAGGACAACCUACCUGUUUCUCCAAAACUAAAUUUUAUUAGAAUGCAUAGCUUCUCUUUUGUAGUUUGUAAUUUUAAGACCAAUAGAAAAAAAACAGUAUUCGUAGGUGGAAAAAAAAGUGUACUUGAGGUAAAAAGUGCAUGUUAAAAAAAAAUAACAUGCACUUUCAUAAAAAUCAUAACAUCUGUAGUUACUUGAUAAGUCCACAAAGACUGUAUUUCAGGUAAUGACAUUGUUCUUCCUACCUUCUAAGUCUCUAUCUAUUACAUAUACUUUUAUGUAAAACAGUAGAACUUAAUAGACUGCUAAAAUAUGAUGUUUAAAAUCAUUCUUCCUUAAGGGUAGAAAAGGUAUUUUACUUAAUUACUGAGCAUAAAGCUCAUACAUAUCCACUGAGGCAUAAAAAUAUGCCUACUGUAUUUCUCCACCAGAGGUCUCCCUGAUUUGACUAUAUGAAAACUUCUUAACUAUUUACAGCUGGAAUGUGGGACAGUGGCAGUCUGCCUACAAAUAACUCCAGUUCCUAACAGAUUUAAUAAAGUCAAACAACUGCUUUGCUUUAGCUAUACCUUCUGGCUUUUAUCCCUUUAAAUGAGAAGUUGAGAUUUUACUAGACAAAUUUUUAGCCACUAUAAAUUGAAUUUCCGUGACUAUUUUUCAUGAAUUUUUAACAUCAAAAGUAAAAAUAGAACACUUCAAUAUAUAAAUACAAAAGAAAUCAGGUUGUAUUUUAAUCUGCUUAGACACAUGAUUUGUGAUGGCAUUUAUUUUCCUCAUUUGACUGCUGACUUACUGUAUAAAUAAAAUAUAUAAAAAUAGUAGUGAUGGCUUCCUAUCUUCUUCCCUUUUAACUUUACUAUUGCUCCAAAGCACAUUAUCAACUCUCACCUCCUUACACGGGAAUUUUCCCAACAGAAGUCUUCAGUGGGUACUGAUCAGGGACAAGCAACUAUUACUGAUUAUUUUUUCUUCCUAUAAAGUAGGUCAGAAACAUAGACAGUAGGCACAGCAAAAGCAGGUGACACACGUUACUUUGCACAUAACCAUCAAGAGUACAUGGCAAUGAGUGCCUUGCCAGCAGUAAGAGAUGACUCAAAGAUUAACCGAGGGGCAGGGUGAUGGAACUGCCGCAAGAUGUUCUAAUAAGGCUUUGCAAACAACUUUGUGAGGUUCUUUCCAUCCUCUUAAGCUGCUCUGAACCCUCAAGCGAUCAGGCUGAUGCAGCAGAGCUUCCUCCCCUCUUUCCUACAAGUAACAGCAGCUCGCAAAGCCUAUUUGGCAUUUAGCUGGCUCCAGAUUCUUCUCCUCUUCCAGUUUCUCUUAGAAGGGCCUUUUAUGGCCAUGUGAUGCUGGGGAAGGGAGCGUCUUUAGGGUUUAUCCUGUUCUCUCUGGGGUUCCUGGUGUACUGCCAGUUCCCCACGAGUGCACGCUGCUUUUUGUGGUCUGAGCAGUGAUUCAGCAUAAAACAAGUAACAAUUAAUCAGAGCAUUCCCAGCUAACACCAGUGUCGGAGGGAAAGUGACUGAAGGCAAUGGAGAAGACAACAGUCCUUCACCCCUGCAGCAGUGGGAGCCAUUCCUGUUACCUUAACUCAGGUUCUAGGAUCAAAUUCUGUCAGCUGUCUCUGCCUGUUCAUUUAAAAUCUUAAUAAAACCCUACCUCCAGAGCUGUUUCACUUUGGCACUCUUCAGGCUCUGCAUACAAGAGGUAGGUAGUAAAGCAUUCGGCAAACUUGGGAAAUGUUUACUUACUCUUUCCAAACAAAAUGCUUCUGGUAAUUCUGAUAGAAAGCACUCCCAUUCUCUUCAGUGCAGGCAGCUGCGAUUUUCACCGCUAACAGUUUAUUUUUAGAGCACCUUUGGACAAGCCAAAAGAAAAUCUUCACGAGCAGAGCUACUGAUUUAAAAUGGAUUUCAAACACACACCAAGGUUGUGGUGCAGUUUUCUAUCUAAAGAACACUGGGGUAAAUGUUUAAGCAACACAACACAUGCAUAUUACUACCUGAUAUAAUCAGUGGCACUACUGCUAUAAAGAUCACGGAAUUGAUUUGGAAAAGGCUAAUUUAAUGUCAUUUUAUCACACU